UCCACCUGCGCAGAUACUCUCAGCAGCAAAACAUGCGCACACAAUCUGUUACCCAAAACUCGCGCGGAGUUUGAUAACUGUACACAUAGCGGUGGCGGGAGAUGUUGAACAGAGCGAGACAUAAGCAUUAGCACUGUCUUGAUAUUUAAAGUAGCGUCAGGAUAAAGGAGGAUAGAGGGAGCAGUUUUUUGAGAGGAAUCGCCUUUGCAGGAGGGAGACGUAAAGAUGGAUGACUUUGGAGUUUAUGCGGUCUUCGGCGUAAACGGUCCGCCUCAAAGGCUGCUAAGUACCGAUGGGUCGUGCAGGGUGUGUGUUGCCGUUCCCCCGACUGUCCGCCAGGUGGUGCUGUUCAGCAGCGGGCCAUGGGGGGAGAGGAUCUGCGUCAACGCGGAGCUCAACGGUGCGGACCGGAUACCGGUCACCAUCGGCAAACUAACCCCUUACAACAGGUGUCUCUCAUGGGAGCAGUGGGAAGAGGAGACAUGGACAGAUGGCGUCACACUGGACAUCGCCCUGGAGGGAGGAAACCUGACAAAAGCAGAUUGGUCAGAACCAGAACUCCUCCUGGCUGUGAAGGAAUACACACCAAAGGACGCCGUGGCUCCCCUCGCAGCCCGAGAGCUCAGUGGCAAGAGGAAAAGAGGACGAACGGCAGAGGAAGAGGGUGAGGAGAAUAAGGUGACGAAGAGAGGGCAAGAAGAGAACGUAUGUCCGAAUGGCACCGCGGAGAAGACCACACCUGUGCGAAAAGCCCGAGGUCAAACCAAAGGGGGGCAGAAGCUGUUCAGUAGUGGAGGAGAUGCAACGAAGAUGAAGGGAGCAGCAGCUAAUGGAGCGCGAGAGGCUCAGGGGAUUGUGGGUAGAGCGCCUCAUCCGAGCACAGCCAGGACAAAGAGUAGGCAGGCCAAGACUCCCACACAGACUGCCCCGCUGGUCAGCCCGUCUGGUCGCUGGGGUCAGACUCUGUGUCCCAUCGAUGCUCAGACAGCAAUUCUGAUUGGAGGACAGGGAGCCAGGAUGCAGUUCUGCAAAGAUCCCAUGUGGAAGCUCUGCACAGAGGACAUGUCCUGGAUGGCUGCGGAGACUCUGGCAGAGGGUCCGACCCCUGAAGCCAGGAUCGGCCACACAGCCGUUUAUGACCCCGACUCAAAGCGGAUCUUUGUGUUCGGAGGCUCCAAAAACAAGAAAUGGUUCAACGACGUUCACAUCCUGGACACACAGAGCUGGAAGUGGACCAUGGUGGAGGCUCAAGGUAAGGUUCCCCCUCUGGCCUACCACAGCUGCAGUAUGUUUCGGGGUGAACUCUUCGUACUGGGAGGGGUGUUUCCUCGUCCAAACCCGGAGCCCGACGGCUGCAGUGACUCCCUGUACAUCUUCGAUCCCCACCUCUCCAUCUGGUACGAACCCAUUGUGACAGGCGACAAACCCUCCCCCCGCUCAGGUCACUCUGCGUGUGUGAUGCAGGAGAGGAAGAUCUAUGUAUUUGGUGGAUGGGACACUCCCGUCUGCUACAAUGACAUGUACAUGUUGGACCUUGGUCUGAUGGAGUUUUCUGCUGUGAAAACAACGGGGAAAGCCCCCUCUCCUCGAAGCUGGCAUGGCAGUGCUGUGCUUUCAGACACAAAGUUUCUGAUCCACGGAGGUUACAACGGAAACAACGCUCUCAGUGACACCUUCAUCUUUGAUAUAGACACCAACAGAUGGACAGAGGUGACGCUCCCUCAGCUCUCUGUGCCCCGGGCAGGGCACUCCCUCAUCACCAUGGAUACAGCCAGUCACCACUGCUUCGCGGAGGAGGGUGAAGACGCGGAUAUGGACGAAGGCUUCGCCAGCAGAACUCUGCUGGUGUUUGGAGGGGGAGACAACGAGGGCAACUUCUACUCUGACCUGACAACUGUCGCUGCGGAGGAACUGCUCAGUGCUAUUUAAAGAGAGUGAGUCAGAGGUGAAUCCUCACUCCCUGACUGGAUGUAGCGCUAUUGCAACGCUCCCACAUUGCUCUAUUAUUUAUAUUCCUAUAGUUUGACUUUUCCUUUUUGUUGAAUGAUCACUGCCUUCUUUCAGUUAUGUUUUUUAAAGGGUUUUUACAGUUUUAGUUUUGGAAAACAUGCAUGUAAGUAGCCUAUGUAUGUACAUUCAAGGCAUUCUCUUAAAUACAGAUCUCAGAAGAUAUUUAAAUAUAAAUAAUUACAGAUAUUUCCCCUGUAGUGCAAAAAAAGGAUUAAGAGACUUUUCUACUUUAACAAACCUUGAAAGUGAUUUUUUUUUUUUUCUUUUUUCUUUCUUAUAAUGGAAGCCCUGAUCUUUUAGAUUAAGUCAUUAAGGAUUUAAUUUCUGUUUUUAAUGUACAUAGUUUAAAGUUUCUCAAGUUCUUCCUCAGGUAAAAUGUAUAGUUUUAUUUUGAUACAUUAAAUAUUUGUUGUUUUCUCUUAUGAAUAACUGAAGCUUUCACUAGCCCUGACCAUAUGGAAUAAGUUGCCUCCGGAUAGCUGCAAAUGCAUAAACUCUAUUUUAUUAUGUUCAAAGAUAUCAUCUCCAAACAGUUGUGUGUGUGUGUGUGUGUGUGUGUGUGUGUGUGUGUGUGUGUGUGUGUGAGAUUUAGUAGACAAAAUCUCAAUUCAUGCUCCUGUGCUGUGCAGUUUUGCACUUAAUAAACAUUUGACUUUAAAAAAAAUUCUUUACUGAACCCCUUGGGGAGUAUAUAAGUUUUUCAAGCUUGUGAUAUGUCAAAACACUUUCCACCAAUUUAGAGUGUAAUGGUGGUUUGUCAGAUUUCCAGUGAAUCAACACUAACUGUCAUACCAAUAAUGUCAGAAAGGCGACAGCAAGUGGCCAGGACACACACACACCUGUAAGCGCAAACACCUCAGGAUGGUCUGGUUGUAUCUUCUUACUAGAGAUAUUAGAGGAUGUUUCAAAAGAUGGCCGACCAGAAUGGUACAAGAUUGGGCAGCUCCAAA